AUGAUGGUCGUCGACGCAAUCGCCCAACGCUUCAACGUCCCCUGGUCCGAAAAAUCCUCCUGGAAGGCAGAAGUCGCCACCGCCCAUACUUCCAUCACCACCCGCCACCGCGUCGCUCCACCUCCUUCAACUUCUGGCGCUAAAAAGUCUAUGCGCCCUACAACCGCCGACACUAUUUCUGAUACGGCCACAGGAGGAGGAGGAGGAGGAGGAAUGGUGGAGGCUCCUACUUCUACUUUGACACAAACACCGACAACAACGACGGCGCCGGUGGUGAAGAAGAAAGAAUCUUGGGUCACUUCAACAUUGGAACUCACAAUCACACUCCUCAAACCCCUCCAGUUGAUGAACGUCAGCGGCACCUCCGUCUCCAAAGCAGCCAAAGACCUAGGAGUUUCCACAUCAGACAUUCUAGUCAUCCACGACGACAUGGAACGCGACAUCGGGAAACUCUCCUUUAAAUCCGAAGGCUCCGCGAACGGACACAACGGGAUCAAAUCCUGUGUAAAAGCACUCGGCACCGCACAUUUCCGUCGGUUGAGGAUUGGUAUUGGACGUCCUCCAGUGUCGGAUCGAUCGCCAAAGGUCGUGGCGGGGUAUGUGCUGGGGAGGUUUAAGCCGCUGGAGGUGGAAAAGUUGGAAGAGUUGGUGUAUUAUAAGGCUGGGGAUGAGAUUAUUAGGGUUUCUACCACCGAGGAGAAAACAAAGACCAAGAAGGCGUAA